AUGUAUCCGAUGUACUCGAUGCACAUCCUCUCAGGUCCCACUUUGACACCAAGCACUGCAGCAGCGGCGGCACCACGCGCGCAGCGGCACACGCCGUUGCAGCACCAGCAGCCAGGGCAGCGCGCGACUGUGCGGCUUGCCUCCAGCUCUUACAGCUUUGCCAAUACAGGCGACCGCCGCGAGGUCGGGGAGCGGCGGAACAGGACCGUUGAGAAGCGGGCCAACGCUGAGCUGUCCCAGCUGGUGAAGGGCCUGGUGGCGAUGCGCCCCAAGCAGCUGGCCGCGGUGGCCCACCUGCUGUCAGAGGAGCAGCUGCAGGAGAUAGGCCUAGCGGCACGCCUGCCGCGCAUCAACCAGGCGAGUGCAUGGGCAGGGGGCCGCAAGCGCCACGAGAACCGCGUGGCGCAGCUCAUCCGCACUGAGACGAGUGAUGAGGCGGUGCACAAGCUGGCGGAGGCGGUCCAGCUGGCUCAGGCCAGCGCGUCGCUGUUUGUUGAUGCUGACGUGGCGGCGGCGGUUGACGGCUGGGUGGAGGGCCUCAAGGCUGGCGAUGGGGCCGUGCUGCAGGAGGUGGGGGCGCUGCUGGCUGCUGACCUGGACAUGCAGCAGCUGCGGCGGCUGGCGCAGCAGUUGGAGAAGGACGCGGCGGACGGCGCGGCUGCUAGUGACGUCAGCGGCGGCGGCAGUGACGUCAGCGCAGCAGAGGGGGGACUGGAGGUGGCGCAGCAGGUGCUGGCCGACCCUGAGCUGCUGGCGCUGCUCACUAAGAGGGGCGGCGGCAAGGGGGCCGGCGCGCGCGGGGGCCGGCGGCCGGGCGCGCAGCGGCCGAUGGGGGCGGCGGAGCGGAAGAUCCGGGCGCUGCUGCGGCCGGCGGCGAUGCGGCGGGAGCGCGAGGCGGCGGUCGAGUAG